GUUAAUUGGUUUGAAUCCCUUGCCUGUGCAUUCCUCCCAGCUCCGCCCACCACUGGCCAUACGAAUCCAAUACUGUACAGUACCUGAGCACUUCUUUCUUCCCUCUUUGCUUGUGGCUGGGGGAGGUUGAGGUUACUGUGAUAACCUGUGGCUGGAAUACCGUAGGGUACUACAACUGCUACGUACCUCCCUCCUUGCGGGGGCUAGCUACAUACCUGCUCUUCCGUGUCUCUACCUCUCCAGCUGGCUGGUCUUACUCUCUUUUUCGAGAGCUCUUAAUCCCAGCAGAGCAAAGAUGCUGAACCACCUCCCCCUCCUCCUCAUAUCCGCCCUCCUCUCCAGCACUACCGUCCUCCCCACAAAAAUCAACCCCCGCCACGCUUCUCCACAAAACUCCCCACCCCAGCCCAGUGACCCCUACUUCAACAACGAUCUCCCACGCUUUAAAAAGGAAAUCCUGGGAGCGCACAAUACUCGCCGUAGAGAAUUCGGCGUGGCCCCGCUGUCAUGGGAUAAUGAGCUCUGGAAGAUGGCGAAGAACGUGACUAAGUCCUGCAUCUUCGAGCAUUCUCACGGGCCUUACGGCGAGAACUUGUACGGUAGCGGCGGCGGUUAUCCCACAGCUGCGGUGGAUGGCUUUGCGGACGAAGUCAAGAACUACAGGGACGAUAAUCUGAUCUGGGAUGGGAACUCGCCGAGGACUAAGGAUGGGUCUGUCAUUGGGCAUUAUACACAGGUCGCCUGGAAGGACACGGUUAAAGUGGCCUUUGCAACGAGUGAUCAAAAGUGUAAUUUUGAAAUUGGGGCUAUGUGGUUCAUAGUAUGCGAAUACGGCCGCGAGGGAAUAUCAUCAUGAGUAGUGAAAACCUCUACGAGAAGAACGUUGGCCGUCCGGGGCAACCGUUCAAGGGGCCUACAGAUAUCAAUGUUGAUGUACCGCCGUACAAAA